ACAUUUUUUUCAGCUGAAACACAAUGUUUUCCCUCUCCACUGUCACGGUGCUAGUCCCAGUAAUAUCUCUAUGUGGACUUUUCUAUUCUGCUAGCAUGGAUGAAAAUUUUCCUCAGGGUUGUACCAGCACAAGCAGCGUGUGUUUUUAUAGUCUGUUAUUGCCUGUCACUAUCCCUGUCUACGUGUUUUUCCACUUGUGGAAAUGGAUGGGAAUCAAACUGUUCAGACAUAAUUAGGAUACUGCUUCUGAUGUAGGCUGAUGACCUCUAAUAAAAACUUGUGCAGCCACUGCAAGAAAAAAAAAAAACAACUCACAUUUUAUUUAAAAAAUGAUGGGCAACUAUCAGAACAAUAACGCUGUUGUAGAACAGUGAAUAUAACACACUAUAACAGGCUAAGUA